UCCUAAACUGUCAUGUUCUUGGCUUGUUGCUGCUAGAUAUUUUAUUUAUCCAGACCGCUAGCCGGCUACAUACCGCUUGAUUUGCACCGUGAAAAAGAAACUCACACUCUCUCCAUUCCAAAUUAGAUGACCUAGUUGAUUUUGGCCACACAACUUAAGGUGCAUGACCAUAUAACUCUAUAGUACAUACAGGGUCUUACUCCACUAUAAACCUUUCUUAGAAUAAAAACUACGACUGAAAUAAAAAAUCUCUAAAUCACAUUGAAAUAUAGCAUAUAUGUUAUGCAAAUUGAUCGUUGGGAGAUGAAUAAAAAUACAGUGAAGUCAGAUUUCAAAUUAAGUUCACCAGUUGACGGGAAAAUUCAAAUUAAAACGGAAGGGAUUGUGUGGGAUCAGGGUGUAUGUUAAUUGUGUGUGAUGACUUCUAAGGGGCCAUUAUCCAAAGACUCAUAUUAUUUUGUAGUUUGUAUUUCAAUCUUGUUUGCAUUUGAACAUUUGCCUAUAUAUAUAUACGGAUAGGAUCAAAUAAAAACUUUUCUCAGUUACAAACUUACAAACUUUUUUUUGAAUUUUUUUUAUUCUCUCAUCGUGUUAAUCCUUAGUUAUCGAAAGUAUCCAUAUUGAAAAUUCUUAAAAAAAAUCACAAUUUUUAAAAAUAAUGCAUAAAUAAAUCGUGCAUUCAACACAUUUGUAACUGGAGUUUAACAUUGGGUGUUGAACACUAAUUAUCAUUGUGUUGAAUAUAUCGAUAAAGAUGCUUAAACUAUAACUCUGGGGUUUGGGUAGGGUCUAGAAACAUAAAUAUUAGUUAUAUAAUACGUUUAACUUAGUUCUCACAUUGAAAAAUUAGUUUAUGUACUUCUCCAACACAAUUUUAGUCGAUGUUCAACAAAAUAUGUUAAAAAAAUGUUGAACUCAAAUUAUAUAUGUGUUGAACGCAUAAAGUUUGUAAGUUUGUAAGUUUGUACCAGAACCCACCCCUAUAUAUAUAUAUAUAUAUAAAUAAUUGUAAAUAAAAAUUCAAGUAUGAAAUUUUUGUUUAGAAAACAAUUUUUUUGAAAUACGGUAAACAACCCAGGUCAAAUCCCGAGUCUUUUUCGAAAAUCUAGUCAAGUCCCAAAUUCCGAAUCCGAAAACAAGCCCAAAUAUACUGGCCCAAUCGCAACAACUUGGGUAAUCCACAAGCCCACCACAGGCCCCCAAAAGAUCAUGAUUUGUUGGUGCAAUUAGUAGUAGUACUUAUGCUUAUAAACCGAACUAAAGUUUCCACACUCCUCGAUGUGGGAGUGGGGUGUUACAAACUUCCCCACUUAAAUUCCUGAUGUCCUCGUCAGGCCGAAACGGAUAGCCCACAGGCCCAGAUCGAACCUCUCUAGCCAUUGUGGGAUAAUACCGGGUAGCUUCGUGUCCCCACCUCCGGACUCUUGCCAUUGUGGGAUAAUACCACCAGCCUUCGUGUCCCCACCUCCGGCAACUUGACAAAUCAAGCUUUCGAGAGCCUGCUCUAAAUACCAUAUGAAACAACGCGGGUCAAAUCCCGAGUCUUUUUCGAAAAUCGGGUCAAGUCUCAAAUUCCGAAUCCGUAAAUAAGCCCAAAUAUACUGGCCCAAUCGCAAUAUGUGACAACCUGGGUCAAAUCCCGAGUCUUUUUCGAAAAUCAGGUUAAGUCCCGAAUUUCGAAUCCAAAAAUAAGCUAAAUAAAGUAGCCCAACCGCAACAACUUGGGCAAUCCACAAGCUCACCACAGGCCCCCAAAAGAUCAUGAUUUGUUGGUAGAAUUGGUAGUAGUACUUAUGCUUAUAAAUUGAACAAAUUUCCCCACUUUUCUUGAUGUGGGACUGGGGUGUUACACAUCAAAUUUUAGUUAUCAUCAUAUAAUUUUUUUAUUUAACAGUUGUUAUUAUUAUAGUAAUAGUAAUAUAAAAACAUUGAUAUUUGUCAGGACUUUGUAGUAUAACAGUUUUCCCACCAAUUGAAUUAUAUUGCCAACAAAAUUAUUUGUUUUAAUUCAAGCAAUUUAAUUUAUGAAACAGCUCUAUAAAAAACCUAUCAUAUCAAUAUUCAAAUAAAAUAGGAAUUUUUAUUGAUUUUAUUAGCCAAAUCCAUGUUAUCCAUAUUUAUACCUUUAUUCAAAAGUGAAACCCUCUUUCAGUGGAAAAUCAAUAGCACCAAAUACCACAAUUUUGUAGUCAUGAUAUUUUUUAUUUAAUAAUAAUUAUCAUUAUACUAUCGUGAAAAGAGUUUCAUGUUGGAUUAUAUCGUUAAUAACCAUCCAUUUUAAUUUUCAUAACUCAAACAAUUUAAUUUACAGAAUUAUAUUACCAAUAAAAAUAUCUGUUUUAAUUUUAAAACUCAAAUAAUUUCUGUUCGAAAAAAAAGUGAAAUAAUUUAAUUUAUGAAAGACUCUAUUAAAUUUAUAUCAUACUUUUAGAAUACAAAUAAACGAGCAGUUCAUAUUGAUAUCAUUAGUCAAAUCUAUAUUAAUACAAAAUUUAAUUUAAACCCUUCUUUAAUCUUUUCACAAGAUUAUGAUAAAGAGGAAGAAGGUGGUUGUAACACGGAGAUGACAAACUCAAACUCUCCUGAUAAUAUUGAAACCGUGCUUGGCACGGGGCAUAAACUAGUAUAUAAAUACAGAACGUUAGGUCUUCCGGGGGAAAAUGGCGUAUGAGGUAUAACCGGAAAAUGGUAGCUUGCAAGUGUUAUAUGGAUGGUGCAUACGGCAUGGCAAUGAACAUGAGAUCUUCAAGUGCUCAUGUAGAAACUUUUAAAACAAUAAUUAUUUCAAAUCUUGUGAACUUAUACAUUCUUAUAUGAAUAAUGCAAUAGAGAUUUUGACACCAUUCGUGGCAUGUCUACUUUUAUAGCAUUAUUACCUCCACAUCACCCGCUCCCUCCCCCCACCCCCGGGGUCCGGGGGGGAGGGGUGGUGUGUUCUGCUAGAAAAUCGGUGGGCAAGUGGAAAGCGUGAUGGGAAAGGGCCAGUUUCAAAUUCAGCCUGAAUCGUUCCCGCUUCCUCGAGUGCAUGUGUCUGCCAAAGUGUUCAGGCCAUAUUAAUAGGGGUGAGCACUCCAUGAAACUUUGGCCUUCUUCGGCUGCCCAUUUUUCGAAUGAUGAAUUGGAUGCUUCUUAAGAAUAAUUUUACGUUCUAUUUUGGAUGAUUUCAUCAAGCUGUUGUCGGUGAAGCACAUUUUCAAUGCUUCUUCAGAAAACCAAUGGCAUAUAUGUCACGAGACUCGAUCCACACACGAGUCUCUUAACAUUAAACACUUUUUUUUUUGUGCCAGCACAUUUAACACACAUUUAAACAGGUGUAAACAUAAAAAAUAAAAUAAAAUGGCAUAGCGAUUUAGUAGCGGUUACCAUUUCAAAUUUUCUUUUAGAAAUGUAUUGUUGAAUUUAUUUAAAUUAUAAUGAUAUGUGAAUAAGAAAAAUAAUAUUCUUUUAUUAAUACAAAUAAACAUCCCAAUAUCUACGUCAUAUAUAAUAUUAAUAUGUUUAAUUGAUAUUCCAAUACAUUUUUAGCUACUCUCACACGCGGUAUCGGAUUGGUGGAUUAGAAAUCUGAACUAAUCAAAUUCUCUGCUAGCUGUAAUGAUCAAUACAUCAGAGUUUUGUUCCUACUUAUUGGGCUCCUUUUCAUUUCUCUCUAAAUUAAGUCUGUCCGGGAAAUGAACAAACAAACUAUAAUUCCGACCCUGUUAUCUGAAGGCACGAACAUGGUAUUCUUUAGUUGGUACUUGGUAGCUGCCGUCCAUGGAAAGAGAUUGUGCAGUUGCUAAACCUUCCUUCUCGAUUCCGUGACACAAUCCAAAGGAUAAAAAACGAACCUAGUUUACUUCCGGACGAAUUACAUGAGCAUCUUGAUGCUACUUCUUAUUUUGAGUAUCUUGUACCACCCUGUCAUGAUCUAUAUAUCUCUGUCCUUGUGGGUGGAUGUUUAUGUACUCUUCCAUCGACCAUAUCGUAAAUUCUCGAUUGGUCUGGUGAUUGCCAGUGUCAUUUCGAUGGUGCUUGUCGAUGCAUCUGCUGCAUGGAAUGUAAAAUGGACUCUGUUGAUUGAAGCGAACCGCCACAAGAAACUGGUUCCUCUUCAAAUGCAUUGUUUGACUUCCUAGUGCGCGUCCAUGGAUAGAGAUGGUAAGGUCACUAGACCUUCCCACAGGAUUCCACAACAUAAUCAAACGGUGCAAAAUAAAUCUGGGCUCACUCCUUGUUUAGGACUGACGACUUGUCAAUGGCUGAUUCUUAUCCGGAUGAAGAACUUGUCAACGGUGCAGUCACUCUUUGCUUAGGACCGAAGACUUGUCUUUGGAUGAAGAACUGGUUCCACCAUAACUGUGCGGUUGAACACUUCCUCUUCACAGGUAUUUUGUGAUUUUGUUGCGUGUAUCAGUGGUCGUCUGCUGUAUGCGUAGACUGGAUACAAUAUUGAAUAUCUCUAUUGCACCUUAUAGUCUAUUCAAAAUUUCUUCCCACUUGUUCUUUCAAUUACUUUCCAAAUUGUCUGGAGAAUGACGAAUUACGGUACAAUUCCUACGGCGUCAUCUGAAGGCACGAACGAGUCCAUCUCCACAGCAACACAGCAGGUUAGUGGAGGAAUACGUAAUGGACGUCCAUGGAAAGAGAUGGUACGCUCACUGAACCUUCCCUCAGGGUUUGGCGACACCAGCGAUCGGAUCAAAACAAACCUAGUUUACUUCCGGACCAACUACAUCGCCAUCUUCAUGCUAAUUAUCUUUUUGAGCUUCUGGAUCCACCAUUUCUCGAACACGGUGUUUUUGGCGAUAUUGAUAGAUCUUAUACUGGUCCUGUACUUCUCAAAUAGCAAGCUUAUUAUCAUUUUGGUGAUGAUCAGUGUCAUUUUACUGCUGUUCACCGAAGCUGCCUGGAAUAUAAUAUCGUCGUUGUUGAUUGAAGCUGUGGUGGUAACGGCUCACGCUAUCUUUAGGAAGACUGAUGACUUGUCUCUCGAUGAAGAAUCGGCACCAGCAGCUGGAAUCCCUAAUGCCCGUCCCUGGAAAGAGAUGCUGCGGUCGUUGAACUUUCCCUCGGGAUUUCGCAAUACAAUUGAACGGAUGAAAACGAACAUAAAUUACUUCGAGAUAAACUACGUAGUGAUAUUAAUGCUAAUUCUGUGUUUGAGCUUCUUGUGGCACCCGAUCUCCUUAGACCUAUACUUGAAUUUGUACACAGAUAUUUUGUUCUUCAUCUACUAUCUAUACAGAGAGCCGUCGUCGGUCUUGCACGGAUCACUUCGUAAAAUUAUAAUCGUUUUCAUUAUGAUCGGUGUGAUUGCGCUCUCAGAGGCUGCAUGGAUCAAUGUAAUAUCUACGCUGUUGAUUGAAGCUUUGGUCGUGGCGGUUCACGCUUCAUUUAGGAAGACUGAUGACUUGUUUUUGGCUCUGGAUGAAGAACUCGCGCAGACAUCUGCUGCGUUGACCGUUUCCUCUGCAUAAUUUUGCUAUUUUCCUGUUGAUUGAUUGUAUAAAUUUAAUGGUCAAAAUCAUCAUUGAUUUCUAUCAAAUGUAUAUCAUUUCAAAUA